UUUUUUUUUGUCAAACGCGGGUGAUCGGCGACACUCUUCUCUCUAGGUGUGUGGCGCAAGAAAACUUUAAAACUUGUCGAGGUUUUAUACGGAGUAAGUCUUUUCUCAAAAUCAGAGCGCUCGUGUUCAUCAUCUUUCAUCUACGAAGAGGCACUAAGCAUGAAGCUUGACUUUAGUGGGCUUGAAUUGGCUGCCCCACUCUUUGGGGCUAGCACCAAGCUGUUCGAUGGGUUUUCAACUGCACCAACAUUCGAGAUUCCUAAUACUACCGACUUUGAUGACUUCCAGAAAGAAGCUGUACAAAUGGUUAAGCCAGCAAAGGGGACAACGACUCUCGCUUUCAUAUUUAAGGAGGGAGUCAUGGUGGCAGCGGAUUCCCGUGCAAGCAUGGGAGGCUAUAUCUCAUCACAGUCUGUGAAGAAAAUUAUUGAGAUCAACCCGUACAUGCUAGGAACAAUGGCUGGGGGAGCUGCUGACUGCCAGUUCUGGCACAGAAAUUUGGGCAUUAAGUGUCGAUUGCAUGAACUGGCAAACAAGCGAAGAAUAUCAGUUGCUGGAGCUUCAAAGCUUCUGGCGAACAUUCUGUAUUCUUACCGUGGAAUGGGUUUGUCCGUUGGGACCAUGAUUGCUGGAUGGGAUGAAACGGGUCCUGGGCUUUAUUAUGUGGACAGUGAAGGAGGAAGAUUAAAAGGAACCAGAUUUUCUGUGGGAUCUGGUUCACCGUAUGCUUAUGGUGUAUUAGAUAACGGGUACCGUCAUGAUAUGUCGAUUGAAGAAGCUGCAGAGUUGGCUAGGCGUUCCAUUUAUCAUGCAACGUUCCGAGAUGGAGCCAGUGGUGGUGUUGCUAGCGUUUAUUAUGUGGGACCAAAUGGAUGGAAGAAGCUAUCUGGUGACGAUGUUGGGGAACUUCAUUACAUGUAUUAUCCAGUCGAACCAACAACGGUGGAACAGGAGAUGAGUGAAGUAUCAGGGGCUUGAGGUGAGAGUUGCUGGGUUGGUCUCCUUAUGUCCAAUUAAUGUGUAUUGAUCCUAUAACAAUUACUUAACAGACCUGGACAAGUUUACAGCUGUUUUCCUGUGAUUUUCACCUUCAAGUUUAUGCUAUCUUUAUUUAGAGGCA